CUGGCCACCGCGGGCGGCCGCCUGUUCUCGGGAUCUUACGAUUACUCCAUCCGCGUGUGGAGCCUGGGCAGCCUGGCACGGGAGAAGACGCUGACGGGGCACACCGACGCGGUGCGCGCGCUGGCGGUGGCCGGCAACAAGGUCUUCUCCGCCUCAUACGACACAACGCUCAAGGUGUGGGAUGCGGAGGCGCUCACGCUGCUGGCCACGCUGUCGGGCCACUCGGGGCCCGUGCGCACGCUGGUGCGCUGCGGCGACAAGGUCUUCAGCGGCUCCUACGACAAGACGGUGCGCGUGUGGGACACCACCACGCACGAGUGCCUGGCCACGCUGGUGGGGCACACGGGCGCGGUGCGGGCGCUGGCGGCCACCGACACCAUGGUAUUUUCCGGCAGCGACGAUACGACAAUCAGGGUGUGGGACGCGGCCUCCCUCACCUGCCUGGCCACGCUGGAGGGGCACGAGGACAAUGUGCGGGUGCUGGCAGUGGGGCACGGCUACCUCUUCUCGGGCUCCUGGGACAAGACCGUGCGGGUGUGGUCCUGCGACAGCCUGACGUGCAUCAAGGUGCUGGAGGGACACAAUGAGGCGGUACUGGCGCUGGCGGUGGGGGACCUCUUCCUGGCCAGCGGCUCCUACGACACAACCAUCCGCUUCUGGGACCUGGCCUCCUGGCAGUGCGUGCGCAAGGCGGAGGGGCAUGACGACGCGGUGCGCGUGCUGGCCGCGGCAGACGGCAGCGGCGUCAUCAGCGGCGCGUACGACGGCGCGGUGGGGGUGUGG